AUGAUACCAACGACGGUUCUGGUGACCACCACGAUUCGUCCAGUGCCGUCGUUUAGACCGCUUCUACAACGGCAAAAUGCAUUCACCCGACGUCCUCCAAGCAGAUUCUUGUUGAGAAGCAGAGCGCCUGGCCGUGGUUCUGGAAGGAGGCCAUCUUCAAAGCAGAAUACUUUCACUUUACAGAAUCGUUUCCCGUUCACACGGCGACCUCGACCUCGCGAACGUGCUCGUCCACUGCCAAGACUUCUUCCAUCGUCACGAUUCCGUUCACCAUUUAGAGAUCAGUUCGCGCCACUCAGAAGGCGUCCGGCCGAGGAACUCGCAAGGACCACUAGGUCUACCCUCACAAUGCCCACGACCACUCUUGAACCCACUACCCCUACCUUUACUAUCGUAGAAGAAACGACUACGGAGGAACCGACAACUACAACAGAGCCCACAACAACUACAAAUACAACAACAGAAUCGCCUGAGGUGCAGGAAAAACCCGAGGAGGAAACGAAUGAACCCGUUGUCUUUAAUGACCCCGUCGAUGCAGUAUCGCAAGAGCCGGGUGCUGAACAGAUCGUUGCAGUACACUCAGAGCUUGUUAUGGGAGAAACGACAAGUCCUAAACCGCAAACAACCGUACCAACAACUACCGUAAUCAUGCAACAGGACACUAUGAAAGAGCCAAGAGUGACUUUGCGAUCUCAUGAAGAGGCCAUCGAAUUCCUGAAAUCGAAGAUUGAAGCACUAGAGAAGAGGCUGCUAGAAAGAAUCGAUGGAAAUCUAAUAGCAAAAAGAGAUCGUCGACAAGAGGGUGACAUUGUUGCGAGUGACGACGAAGUGGAAAAGAUCCGACAACAGUCGCGCAUCGACUCGCUGCGUCGUAUCGCGGCAACCGAGCACGACCGCUUCGCGACAACUGAACACGACGGAAUCGGCGACAUGUUGAGUAAUCUGGACGACCUCAAUGCUAGUGAGGAUCAGGAUGCUCCUGCGGAGUUGCAGGACAAUCCAAUGCCGCGAUCUAUAAGAACUGUACGACAUUCUCCGCCUGAUUCAUCAGUUGUUUGGACGGACGUGGAAAUGGAUUUUUCCUCGCAGGCUUCCCCUUCCAGUCGAAGCAGACGAAGAUUUUUCCGUUCAUGA